UAGUAAUAUUCCCGAGCACAACCAAAACUUGACUACCAACAAAUCGACCUCGGCCGUCCGAUCACGGGGAUUGAAAUCAACGGCUUUGGAGUCCUUAUCUGUUGGGCCUGGGAGCACAAAACCAUAGAACACAAUUCAGAUUGUGUUAAAUCCAAUACCCAAGCACGGAAAGCUAAUUAGCUCCUUUUUCAUAGCCACGUCGAGCAUUUCGCAUUUCGCAUUUCACAGAUUUACUCGUUUUUUUGGGCUGUCAGAGAGAAGCUCCUGCAUUUGGGAGGCUUCAGUUCUUUUUAUCAAGAAGUGUCCUACGCAGGCACAUCUGUCCUUGAAUGCACUUUAUCUUGGCAACGAACUACACAGAAAGAUCAAUCUGUUGCUUUACCAAUAGCUAUAGCAAUAUUAAAAUUGUGUAAGGAAGGACAGGUUUUGAACCAUGUCUGUGGUUGAGGAUAGAGUGGGGCCAGUGAAUGAGAAGAGAAAUGAGGACAUGGAAGAGAUGGAGGAGAAAUGUGAAGAAUCCCCAGAGCCUUCAGUGGAUAAUCAGCAGGAAAUAAGUCAUAAUGAAGUGGAGGCUAGAAGAAAAGAUGGAGAGAAGGUAGAUUUUCUCGAAGGAGAGGAAGGAUCAUUUGAAUCAGAUGACACUGCGUUCAAGGAGAAGUCCAAAGAAACUGAGGUGGAAGCUGCACCAGAAGAUGAACCUCUGUUGGCAAGGGAACAGGAUGUUAGUGAAAAUAUAAACCAGGAUACAGUGAAAGGAAUCCAAGUAAGUGAAAAGUUGUCAGAAGAAGAGAAUCAAUCAUCAGAAGAUGGCAAAUACCCAGAAGAGAAUUCUGAACCACACGUGCAAGGAAUUAUUACUGAGCGUAUUGUAUCAAAGCCAUUGCUCCAUCUGUCUAGUGCCCCUCAGACGCCUGUAGCAACUGAUCAGUUUCUGUCUGCCGAGGGAGUGGAGGCAGCAACAAUGAUGACUGAUAGAAGUAAAGAAGAAACAAUAUCAGAAAGGACAAGGGAGAUAGAAGAGAUUGCAAUCAAUGAAGAGCUUAAUGUUGGAGGAGGAAACAAGGAAGUUGAAGAGUCUGGUGAGAACCAUUCAGAGAAUUUGGAUUUAAGAGCAAAUGGAAAUGGUGAGGAAGCAAAUUUUGAAGUUACAGAGUGGGAUGCAGAGAAAUUGCAUGACUCAGGAGAGGAAGUUCAAGAUGAAUGCCAGUAUGAAGUUAACAACUUAGCUAAGUUGUCUGAUAAGGGUGAGGAAAUCAUAGACAUUGUUCAAAGAACAGAGAUAUUGGAUAACUGCUCAACAAACCAGGAAAUUAAAGAUGUGAGUGAGGCAGAGUCUAUUGAAGAAGUACAAAUUAAAGAUAAUGAAGAAAACGUUGGACUACAUGUUCAGACUGAUGAGAAAAGAUUACUGAUCAAUGAAAUGCCUUUGCAGAUUGACAUGAUCUCAGAACACUCUUUGACGAAUGAUGAGAAACAGGUAGUGGUUGAAGCAAUUCCUAUGGAGAUUGAGGAAAAGGUAAUCCCAGAUGAAGAUGGAAAGCAGAAUGACGCAAUUCAAUUACAAGAUGAUUAUACAACAGAGAUUCACGAAACAUUCAAUAGUACCAAUGGAAGAGAAAAAAAGCCUGUUCCAGAUGCAGUGUUGGCAGUUGAAUCAAACAGGAGCAAGACAAUUGAACAAUCCAAUGAUAACUCAGGGUUUGAUUUCACUUCACUUGAGAAUGACCACUCAGAUGAUGAGUUGGCAGAGGAUGACAGUGAGGAAGAUGAAAUGAAUGGUAGAAUGCCUUCCUUGGCUGCAAAAAUAGUUGGUACAGAAGGAUCCAAUGGCAUGCCCUCAAGCAGUUCUGGAUUGUCUCUUCCAGUUCGACCUGCGGGCCUAGGAUCAUCUGUACCAUUGUUGGAGCCUGUUUCACGUGCAGUGCAGCACUCCAGAGCAAAUGGCACUUCAGCAUCUCGUGCACCUCAAGUUGUGGAGGAGCAGCCCAGUGGAGAGUCAGAUGAGAAUAAUGAAACUCAUGAGAAGCUCCAGAUGAUUAGAGUGAAAUUUUUGCGUCUUGCCCAUAGAUUAGGCCAAACUCCACACAAUGUUGUGGUUGCACAGGUCUUGUACAGGCUUGGGUUGGCUGAGCAGUUGAGGCAAAGCAGAAAUCCCAGAAGAAAUGGAGCCUUCAGCUUCGACAGAGCAAGUGCGAUUGCAGAGCAGGAAGAAGCAGCUGGGCAGGAAGGCCUUGAUUUUACCUGUACCAUCAUGGUUCUUGGGAAGACAGGAGUUGGUAAGAGUGCAACCAUUAAUUCAAUUUUUGAUGAGGUGAAGUCUCGUACAAAUGCAUUUCAGUUAGGAACAAAGAAGGUUCAGGAGAUCAUAGGAACAGUCCAGGGAAUUCAAAUUAGAGUAAUUGAUACACCUGGACUUCUAGCUUCUUCUGCUGAUCAGCAUCACAAUGAGAAGGUUCUGCGAUCAGUUAAGCAUUUCAUCAAGAAGACACCCCCAGAUAUUGUUUUGUAUUUUGAUCGUUUAGAUAUGCAGAGUAGAGACUACGGAGAUUUGCCAUUAUUGCACACCAUCACUGAAACUUUUGCCCCAACUGUCUGGUUUAAUGCAAUUGUAGUCCUCACCCAUGCUGCCUCUGCACCACCUGAUGGACCAAAUGGGACUCCUCUGAGCUAUGAGAUGUUUGUUGCCCAGCGAUCCCAUGUGGUGCAACAGGCCAUUCGGCAAGCUGCUGGAGACAUGCGACUUAUGAAUCCUGUAUCUUUGGUGGAAAAUCACUCUGCUUGUAGGACCAACAGGGCAGGGCAGAGAGUUUUACCAAAUGGGCAGAUUUGGAAGCCACAAUUAUUGUUGCUUUGUUUUGCAUCUAAGAUCCUGGCUGAAGCAAAUGCACUUCUGAAGUUGCAAGACAGCUCAACAGGAAAGGCAUUUGGCACACGCCCAAGGGUUCCACCUUUGCCUUAUCUCCUUUCUUCUCUGCUGCAGUCAAGAGCGCAGCUGAAGCUGCCAGAAGAACAGCAUGGAGAUGGGGAUGUUUCUGAUGAUGAAUUGGAAGAAGCUUCUGAUGCAGAGGGUGAAUCUGAGUAUGACAAACUUCCUAGCUUUAGACCAUUAAAAAAGGCUGAGCUAAAUGAGUUAAGUAAAGAAGAGAAGGAAGCUUAUUAUAAAGAACUGGAGCUUAGGGAAAAAUUAUUCAUGAAGAAACAGUUGAAAGAAGAGAGGGCACGUCGGAGGCUUAUGAAAAAGAUGAAAGCAGCUCCAAAGGAGAAAACUGAGAAUGUUCGUAACAUGGAGGAAGAGGAGGAGAAUGCUGGCCCAGAGUCUGUGCCUGUGCCAAUGCCAGAUAUGGCUUUGCCACCAUCCUUUGAUGCUGAUAAUCCUGCUCAUAGGUAUCGCUAUCUUGAUAGCGAUUCAGCUAAUCAGUGGCUUGUACGACCUGUUCUGGAAACUCACGGUUGGGACCAUGACAUUGGAUACGAGGGUGUGAAUGUGGAAAAGAUGUUUGUGAUUGGCAGCAAAAUUCCUGUUUCAGUUUCAGGUCAAGCCACAAAAGACAAAAAGGAGUCCAAUCUACAAAUGGAAUGUGCAACAUCUUUGAAGCUCGGUGAGGGCAAAUCAACUUUAGCUGGAUUGGAAAUUCAGAGUGUUGGUAAGGAACUGUCCUAUACCUUGCGUAGUGAAACUAGGUUUAGUAAUUUUAAACACAAUAAAACCACAGCAGGUCUUGCCAUUACGUUGUUGGGAAAUGCUAUAGCAGCUGGUAUGAAGCUUGAGGACAUAUUAAUGAUUGGCAAGAGGAUUAAGCUGGUUCUAAAUGGGGGUGCCAUUACUGGUCGUGGAGAUGUAGCAUAUGGAGGAAGUGUUGAAGCUACUUUGAGAGACAAGGACUACCCAAUAGGUCGAUCACUUUCUACCUUGGGGCUUUCUAUCAUGGACUGGCAUGGAGAUCUUGCUAUUGGUUGCAAUCUACAAUCUCAAUUUCCAGUAGGACGGAACACAACAAUGACAGCUCGUGCAAAUUUGAAUAAUCGAGGUGCAGGGCAAAUUAGUAUUCGUACAAGUAGUUCAGAACAACUUCAGCUAGUUUUGAUUGGAAUUAUCCCAAUUCUCAGGACUCUCCAAAAUAGAUGGACUGGUUCAUCUUAGUCUCAUACAGUAGAUGAGGAAUAGGUGACACAUCAACAGUAGGUAAUAGAAAAGGCAUAAAUGUAACCGAAGCUCGUGGAGUUCCUUCUGUUCCAGAUAUGGAAUGUUCUCACACAUGUAUUAUUUAAGAGAUUAAUGUUUCAUUUUGUUUUGCUUGCUUGUGUGAAUCUUCCAAGGUUAUGUGAAUCUUCCAAGGUUAUGAGGACAGUGAGAUUCUCAGCCAUAGGUGAAUGACGGGAGGGAUGUCAAAAUACUGUAGCUUAAUUGGCCUUUUUUGAAGAGAGAUCAAUUGAUAAUGGGAGUAACGUGUUGUUUAGAGGUUAA